AUGGCACCCGCUACGGUCGCCGUCGCGGCCCCCUCGGCUCGCCAUGCCCUCCGCAUCGCCGCCACCCAGCAGCACCAGCGAACGCCCCUGCGCUCCUUUGCAUCGGCGUCGUCCUCGUCCUCGUCCUCGUCCUCAAACUCCGCCACCUCCCCCUCGUCGUCCUCGCGAGCGGCUCGUCGCUCCUCGCGCUUCUCCGCGCGGCCCGGCGCCGAUCUCGUGGGCCCGCCCGACCCGCUCAGCAACCUGCGCCCCGUCAAGUACGGCUCCGCCUUUGACGAGGCACCCUCGAGCGUCGGCGCCUCGGCCUCGGCCGUCACGAUGAGCAUCACCCACCCCUACUCGCUCAGCGAGUUCAACCCGGCAGCCUCGUCGUUCGCCGCCGCCGCCGCCCGUCCUCGCGGCCACUCGCUCUACUUUGAGCGCCUCCUCGAGCGCCUCGAAGAGGCAGAGCUCGCACACAAGCUCAGGUCCGCCCGCGCCGACAACUUCAACCAGCGCUUCUGGCAGGACAACAACGCGAGGUUCAUCCAGGCCCUCCACGAGUUCCGCUCCCGCACCACGUCGAGCAAGGCCGUCGCCACCCUCAAGUCGGCACCGGCACCGGCCCCGGCCUCGGCCCCCAUCAACACAAACGCCCAGGAGUCGGAGCUCGACAUCGACUCCGACACCCUCGCCACCUUCUACUCGGCCUGGCUCAAGGCAAACGCCACCCGCCACCGCGCCUACAACCGACAGCUCUGGGCCCAGACCUUUGGCGACCUCGCUCCCGCCUUCCGCUACCAGUCCCUCCGCACAUGGGCCAAGCUCGUCGGCGCCGUCGAACGUCGCCUCGGCUGGCACUGA